AUGGCGCUCAAGAGAAUUAACAAGGAGUUGACCGAUCUCGGCCGUGACCCUCCCUCAUCCUGCUCUGCUGGUCCCAUCGGAGAUGACCUGUUCCACUGGCAAGCCACCAUCAUGGGUCCCGGUGACUCCCCAUACUCGGGCGGUGUCUUCUUCCUCGCCAUCCACUUUCCCACAGACUACCCCUUCAAGCCUCCCAAGGUCAACUUCACCACCCGCAUCUACCACCCCAACAUCAACAGCAACGGCAGCAUCUGUCUGGACAUUCUCAGAGACCAAUGGAGUCCCGCUCUGACCAUCUCAAAAGUCCUGCUUUCCAUCUGCUCCAUGUUGACCGACCCCAACCCUGACGACCCGCUCGUUCCCGAGAUCGCACAUGUCUACAAGACUGACCGUUCGCGCUACGAGGCCACCGCCAGAGAGUGGACAAGAAAGUACGCCAUCUAA